CUGUCAUGUGACGUCACAGGGUCAUUUUAGCAGGUGCUCCAGUACGAGCAACUCGGUUAAAGUUUUCAUCAGACAUGCGUCAUCGAUGUAUAUAGACCACCCUGAUCAAGACUUCAAUCAUCAUUCAUUCACUACGGUUUAAUCAAGCAGGUAAUAUCCAAGAGUGAGCCCCAGGGACACAGACAAACAUGGGCGAUGGUGCUAUGUUCUCCACUGUGGACCUCUUCAUCCUGUCGGCUGCAGGGGGAAUUGCAAUCUACUGGUUCUUUUUCCGUAAAAAGAAAGAGGAGCAGCCAACAUUUAAACGUCUAACAGUUGUGCCUCAAGCAAAAAAUGCUCCAGAUCCCAGCUUUAUCAGCAAGAUGAAAAAUACAAACCGAAAUGUGGUGGUAUUUUACGGCUCUCAAACUGGCACGGGUGAGGAGUUUGCCAACCGCCUGGCCAAGGAUGCUAGUCGGUACGGGAUGAAGGGCAUGGUAGCAGACCCAGAGGAGUGCGAGAUGGAAGACUUGACCAGACUGGGUGAGAUCGACAACUCAAUGGCCAUAUUCUGCAUGGCAACUUAUGGCGAAGGUGAUCCCACAGACAACGCACAGGAGUUCUAUGACUGGCUGCAGAGUGGUGAUGCAGAGCUCCAGGGCAUCAAAUACGCUGUGUUUGCUCUGGGGAACAAGACGUAUGAGCACUACAAUGCCAUGGGGCGCUAUGUGGACACCCGACUGGAGGAACUCGGGGGGAUCCGGAUCUUCGAACAUGGAGAGGGGGAUGAUGAUGCCAACAUUGAGGAAGACUUUGUAACAUGGCGGGAGAAGUUUUGGCCAGCUGUGUGUGAACACUUCGGUGUGCAGCCUACAGGAGACGAUGUCAGUAUUCGUCAGUACGCAUUGAAGGAACAUGAAGAUCUGCCUAAAGAGAAGAUCUUCACGGGAGAAAUUACCAGACUGAAUUCCUUUAAUCUGCAGAAACCGCCUUUUGAUGCCAAGAAUCCAUUCCUAGCCCCAAUCACAGUCAACCGGGAGCUCCACAAGGGCGGAGGACGGUCUUGUAUGCACAUUGAAAUUGACAUCACUGGAUCCAGGAUCAGGUACGAGGCUGGAGACCACGUUGCCGUGUAUCCAAUCAAUGACCCUCAACUGGUGGAAGCUAUCGGCAAGAGGUUGAAUGUUGAUUUGGAUCAAGUCUUCACUCUCACAAAUGUUGAUGAGGAGGCGAGUAAGAAGCACCCCUUCCCCUGCCCCUGCACGUACCGUACUGCCUUGUCCCACUACCUGGAUAUCAUCAGCCCCCCUCGCACUCACGUCCUUCGUGAGCUCUCCGAAUACGCAGAAGAUGAGAAAGAUAAGGAAUUCUUGCAGAAGAUGUUAGCACCUACAUCAGAAGGCAAGGCACUCUACAGCGACUGGGUCCAGAAGGACCAUCGGUCUAUAUUGGCCAUCUUGGAAGAUCUACCGUCCCUCAAGCCUCCCAUAGACCACAUAUGUGAACUGUUGCCACGGUUACAAUCCCGUUUCUACUCCAUCUCAUCUUCACCAAAGGUUCACCCACAGAGUAUACACAUCACUGCUGUACUAGUAGACUACACCACCAGGGCAGGGCGCUUGACAAAGGGCGUGGCAACAAGCUGGCUGGCUCAGAAGCACCCCACUGAGUCCCUCAAACCCACUGUCCCCGUCUAUGUCCGGAAGUCCCAAUUCCGACUCCCCUUCAAGCCCAGCACGCCUGUCAUCAUGAUCGGACCAGGAACUGGAGUCGCUCCAUUCCGAGGAUUUGUACAGGAGAGGAACUUCUUGAAGGACGAGGGCAAGCCUGUUGGGCAGACCAUCUUGUAUUUCGGUUGCCGCCAUCAGGCCCAAGACUUCAUCUAUGAGGAGGAGAUGAUGGACUACAAGGUCAAGGGAAGCCUGACCAAGAUCUACACGGCAUUCUCCCGGGACCAGGAGAAGAAAGUCUACGUCCAGAACCUUAUAGAGCAGAACAUGGCAGAGUUCUGGGAGCUCUUAGAGAAUGGAGGUCACGUGUAUGUGUGCGGAGAUGCAAGGAACAUGGCGAGAGAGGUCCAUGGUUUACUGGAAAAGAUCGUCACGGAGAUGGGCAAGAAAGACAAAGAGGGUGCUCUCGACUACAUCAAGAAAUUACAAUCCAAAGGCCGCUACUCCUGUGAUGUAUGGAGUUGAACUGUUAGAAGACACACCUACUUCAGUUUGAUCAAUGCAAGUUCGAAUCCAAAGAACCAUCAUCUUGAGUGGAAUCAUGGUGUCUUAUACCUGGAGGGACCACAGAAUAGGAGAGCAUGGCAUUUCCAUUGUUGUUGACCAAAUUUAAAAAACAUAAUUCAGGCUUUUAUCAAUAAAAGUUUUUUCUCCUGACCUGUCCAUAACAUGUCCACUGUCCCAGUCAUAUUUUAUUUCUAUACCUUGUUAAGAGAGAAUUUAUUUCACUUUGCAUUUCAUUUUUGUACCAAAUUCCAUCUUUUUGUACAUGUAACUAAGGUCACCAUGACCUCAGGGACCUUCCCUUUAUUCACUGCAGGCAGUAAAGGGCUUGACUCAAGAUCCUGCAUUGUAUAUUAGAAUGAGGAUUCCUUUUAUUGAUUUGUAAUAUAAUGCCUUGCAAAUUGUUUUUGAACAAUGAAAUGCUUCUCUCAGAUAUUAGAGUUGUUGUAUUUAUAAAAAGAUUUUAAACAUUUUUAUCUUCUGCUGGUCCAAAUCAGACUGUAAAAUGAUUUAAUAUCCUUUGCAAUGCAUUAAAUGUUUGUAUUUAAAUUACUGACCUAUUGACCAAACGUGAAACUGGAAUCUGUAAAAAAAGAAUUAAUAAAAGAAGAUAAAAUAAAAA